GAGCACAAGGUAUGUUGUAAAACCGGUAUCUCGUCUGACAUUAUAGGCAGGGUGUUUGUCUAACAGGUACAUUUUAGUAGAUAUUUUACCAUUUUUAGCACACAAAAAAAACGUUCUAAUAUCAACAAUUGAAUUAGCAUAUAAUAGCUCAUAGUAAUGGUUGAAGUUAUGCAAAGCCUGGGUGAGCGAGUUGUAAAUAGAGGAUAAAAUAUUCAGUUUUUCACAAGUUUCGAGGCGAAAACACACCGAGGACACAGGUUGUCUCUCCUGCUUGAGAAAUGACAGGCUUGGCAGAGAUAUGUAUUGGCAUGCUGUCGCUGCUCCCCCUGGCUUGGGCCAGAGUUGUCUACAACCACAAUGAAGUGUUCCUGGGACAACAGUCUGCGUCCUCAUACCUGUCUCGCUCUCUGCUCUGGAACAAGUGGGACCUGGAGCUGGUGACGCCAGGUAACCUAGAGAGGGAGUGCGUGGAGGAGAUUUGCACCUACGAGGAGGCCAGGGAGGUGUUUGAGGACACAACCCAAACGAAUGUUUUUUGGAGCACAUAUACCACCAGUCACAACACAGCGCCCAGUGUGGAUGUGUCGGGUCUAGUGGCAGGGAUCUUGGCUAUUCUAGUGUCUGCUGUCAUAGCCACGGUGCUGGGCUGCUAUUGUUACAAGAACAAGGCUGGUAGGACGGCAGGCAGUGCUCCAGUGAGGAUGGAUGUGGAUGGCCAGCCUCCUCCAGAGACAGUGCCUCUCACUGGGAUCAUCGCCCCAGGACUGCCCUCCUACGGUGAAGCCCUGACCCGCAGUGGGCAGCAUGACGCGCCCCCGCCACCUUACUCUGGGGGAGCGCAAUCAGAACCUCCUGACCCAGCUAACAAUGCUGAGAUUACUGCGAAUACUGAGGACACUGAGUGAAAAGGAGGGAAGGACAUUUUAAAAAGGGGCAUUCAUGAAGUGUGGGUGUAUGUUACAAGCUUCAAUUGGAGUUCUGGACUGUUAUAAGUGAGCACAGCUGUAAACAUUUCCAUUUCAAUUCCUGUGAGUUGUUGAAAUAGGCAUGGUAUACAGUAUCUCACAAAAGUGAGUACACCCCUCACAUUUUGGUAAAUAUUUGACUAUAUAUUUUCAUGU